CUCUACUACCCUCUUAUUCUGUUUCUGCAUCCCAUCGCUCAAGCCCUCGGAGAACAGAUGAUACAGAUAUGAUGAUGAUAAACAUACAGAGAAACUGUGUCAUAUAGAGAGCACCUCACUCCGCUUUGCACCUUAGCCAAGGAUGCCGACCACGGAAGCAGGGACAGCCUUAUAACAGGGCUACAGUCUGCAGGACGCAAAGAGCAGCUUGUGUCUGCAGACAAAACAACGAGGGACUCUGUUCGGAGCUUACAGGGCAUUAAGAGCACCAACUAAUCCUGUGCAUGGCCAAAAAUAUAAAAGCGAAGAGCAAAAAACGGGCUUUUGCGUGAAGAAGGAGAUGUUCGGACUUAAGAAGUCGCAGCAGCAAUAGGAUUGCAAUCAUUCAGUGUUAUUUCAGUUUUUAGCUAUUGGAAAUGGGAGCUUUGACAAGCCGACAGAAUGCAGGAGUGGAGGAGAUCGAUAUACCAUCCAGUUCUGUUUACAGAUACCCACCCAAAUCCGGGAGUUAUUUUGCUAGCCAUUUCAUUAUGGGAGGAGAGAAGUUUGAUUCAGCUCAUCCUGAAGGCUACCUCUUUGGUGAAAAUACUGACCUCAACUUCCUUGGCAACAGACCACUAGUGUUCCCGUACAAUGCUCCCCCUCCACAUGAGCCGGUCAAGACCCUCCGCAGUCUCAUCAACAUCCGUAAAGACACUCUGCGACUUGUCCGAUGCAAUGAAGACAUGAAGCUUCCUGGACAGGAAGUUGGGAAAAGCCACAGCUGCUAUAAUAUCGAGUUCACCUUUGAUGCUGAUACACAAGUUACCAUCACUAUAUACUAUCAAGCCAUUGAAGAGUUUCACAAUGGUGUGCCAAUAUACUUGCCGCAGGACAGCUCUCUGCAGUCAGAGACAGUGCAUUUCAAACGCGGCGUCUGCCAACAGUUCUGUCUGCCCUCUCAUUACAUCAACUUAUCAGAGUGGGCAGACGAGGAGCUUUCGUUUGACAUGGAUAAAGACAUCUACCCCAUGGUUGUACAAGCAGUAGUGGAUGAAGGAGAUGAACACUUGGGACACUCUCAUGUUCUUCUUGCAACCUUUGAGAAGCAUAUGGAUGGAAGUUACUGUGUAAAACCUCUGAAGCAGAAACAAGUGGUGGAUGGUGUUAGUUACCUGCUGCAGGAGAUCUACGGUAUAGAGAACAAAUACAACAGUCAAGAAUCAAAGGUGGCAGAAGAUGAGAUUAGUGACAACAGUGCUGAAUGUGUGGUGUGUUUGUCAGACGUGCGGGACACACUUAUCCUGCCCUGCAGACACCUGUGCCUGUGCAACGCCUGCGCAGACACACUGCGUUACCAGGCCAACUGUUGCCCCAUCUGUCGACUGCCAUUUCGUGCCCUUCUUCAAAUUCGAGCGAUGAGGAAAAAACUGAGCCCACUCACACCUACUGGAUUCAACCCUGUCAUCACCUCACACACAUCAGAUUCAGAGGAGCACUCGGCAUCAGAGCACAUCCCACCAGGCUAUGAAGCUGUGUCCCUGUUGGAGGCCUUGAAUGGGCCCCUGAACCCAUCGCCAUCUGCUCCUCCACUUCAGGGCCUCACCAGGGGCCAUGUUUCUGGAUCUGUGCCCACAUAUGGCAGUGAUAGCCACCACACGCCUGCGCUCUCCCUCUCUCCGCUAGAACACUCUGUCAAUUCCAGCCAGAAUGUGAAACACAAGAAGAGUGGUUCUAAAUCCCUCUCCCAGAAUUCUUCAGUGCUGCCUGAAGAGGAGGAUGAGAAGUCAUGCAGUGAGUCUGAAGUGCAAACGUGCAGGAGAAAACUGCAUGCAGAACAGCAAGAGUCUGGAGUGACUCCUGAAAGUGACAACAUCACCCUGUCAUCCUCAGGGGCCAUAGAUCAGUCCUCCUGCAACGGGACCCCUCUGUCCUCCACAAUCACCUCCCCAGAGGAUCCAGUAAGCAGCAGCCUGGCCCAGUCUGUGAUGUCAAUGGCGUCCUCUCAUAGCCAGCACUCUCAGAUUAGCACCGACACACUCUCUUCAAUGUCCGGAUCCUACAUGGCUGGUGCCGAGGGAGAUGAGGCCACUGAGACCCCAGCGGAGAGCCGAGCGCCUUCCCAACAUGAGGGUGAGGAAAUCCCCAACGAGGCAAAAGGGCAUAACUUUGUGGCUGGCAUUCUUGAAGAACAGGAUUCAGAGGGAAAUGAUGUGACUGAGGAAGAUUGUGCAUCUCCCACCAAAGAACAUGGUGGGCGCAGGAGGAGCGAGGUGCCUUGUCCAGAGUUUGACAAUAACAAUCAGGGGCAGUCUGACAGCCACUGUAUGACAGGCCUGGACAAUGAGCAGCCUCCUGACGGCCGAUUCGCUGGUCUGUUAUACCUCGACGUCUAUCGUCAUGGACGGGAUCCUUUGACUCACCAUGCAUCCACAAGCAACAUCAACCUGGAGGAGCAAGGGAUCACCAAUGAGGCGGCAAAUCCCAAGAACAAAUCUCAUCGUGGACCCCUAGCUGUGUAAAAUCCUCAGUCUACCCAGUCACAGACCUACUCCAAUCCUGAGAGGAAUAUCUGCCUCUUUCUUCAUGCCACCUCCACCCAAACUCGUGCCCACACCAAUUACUCAUGGAUCAAAUUCUAAAUGCAUACCAGGGAGAAUUGACUGUGGUUUCUCUUCUCCAUUGUGAUAGAUGUCAUGUUUUCAGCGCUCUUUCAGCACCACGUUUACUGUACACCAACGCUCCACCCCCCCAUGCGUACAAAUGAAGGGAUGAGUCAAGCAAGCUCUCCAGAUGAAAACUGGAAAACGAGAACAUGAUGAAGACUCCAACCUCUGAUCUAAGCGGCAUUUCAUGUCAAAACUCAUGUCAAGGCUGUGCGACUAUGCUUUUUAAGUUAAUAAUCAAAAUCCUGCUGAUAUUCUCCUCACUAAUGUCGUACUUGUACUAUUGGAAAUCUGCCCACAAUACCCAAGAUAGAUGUUUCUAAAGAAUACGAUGGAAAAGACUAAGAUGAAUUUUCAUAACAAUCAGUCCUUCACAAUAUUAACUUCAGAGCAAUAACACAUAUUUGCUCACGUUUCUGCCCUUGUCAGUUUGCUGCAGCUCACUUUGAGCUCUACGUACAGCCCUGCAUGUUACAAAGACACAAAGCUACUGAGCUGCCUAAAUUGUGUUACACAUCUGGCCACGGAGACGCCUCUUGAACUGCUUACUACCAAGCAUUUUCAAACAUUUUGUAUAGGAUAUGGAAAUGUUGGGGAAAACUUGCCUGUGACGUCCACAUCUGUGGUCUUAACUCAGAUCGCUACUGUUGAUGGUUUGUUAAAUGUCAUAAAGCUACUGUCAAGCUUUUUGUGUGUUAUUUAAAAAAAUUGGUUAAUUUCUCAUCUGAGGUACAAUCUAGCAUAUGCUACAGUUUGUACCCAAGUCUUGAAAGCUUAAGUAGCUCUUCAGAAAUGUGUUGUUGGACCGAGAUGGAUCGCUACGCCAGGUACUUUGGGAUCCUUUUAAAAGUCAUUUUUGUUAUGCAUUCCUUUUGAAAAGUGUUGCACUUUCCUAUAGGGAUCCUUAACUGAAAGUGUUUACUUAGCUCCAGCAGUCAUCAUACAGUGAAAAUGAAGGAAAGUGUGCCACUAACUUGAAAAACAAUCAACAACUUUCAGUUUCUUGACAGUUCUGCCAAACCGAAUUUAUAGUGUUUAAACUUGCACUUUGUUAUUACCAGUGGUACGUUAGUGGUUAUGUUACUUAAUGAAAAUCUUCUACUGAUCUGUGGGUUCUGUUUCCAAUCCCUAAAAGGGAUAGUUGACCCAAAAAUGAAAAUUCCCAAAAAGACAUUGGACAUUGUGGACUUUGAUUGUGUUCCACAAAAGAAAAAACACCAUGCAAGUUUGAAACGACAUUAAGGUGAGUAAAUGAAAGUAACUGAAUGUUUUUGGGUGAACUAUCUAUUCUUUUACUAUUAUUCCCACAAUUCUUUCAUCUGAGCCAUUUUUGUUUUAUUCAUUAGCACUUGUCUGGACUAUCUGAAUGAAAAAAGGAUUCACAGUACAAUCAAAUAGUCUCUUAUAACUCUCUUAAAAUGUCUAUUGUACUUUGAGAACCAACCAGGCUUUUCCUUUGUGUGGAAAAUGUUUAUUUUUAUUUUUUUUUAUGUUAGCUUAGCUCGUUAUCAUUGUAAUAGUCUGUUCAAUGUGUUGUUUACUGUAGUAUAUGAAUGGUGUGAAAUUUCUCCAAAUGGGAAUGUAUAAUUUUCACAUGCACUAGUAGAUUUUCCCUUGACAGCAGAUAAUGCAGUGCAUGUGGUAAGCGCAUGGUAUAGUUGCAGUCAGAAAAUAGAAAUCCUCCACCUUUACAUUUGCACUAAAUGCCUAGCCCUUCCGCACUGAGCUUACACACUAUGUAAGCAACAGGUAUUGAGUCACAAAACAAGCAAUACAGCUCAGCAUAAUAGCAUGUUGUUGUCUGCAGGCAAUACAGAUAAACUUAGCCAUGCAUUGAAUGUUUUACAGCAGAAUGUCACAUUUACAUGCAGAGAGAAACAUCUGUGGAGUAACGUGCAUAAAUUCAAAGGGAUUUCUCCAGUUUUGUAUUGCUUUUGUUCUGUCCUCUUUCUGCACCAGGAGGAGUGACUCUAAACUAAACCCACACGAGGAAUGGGUUGCGGCAAUUCACUUUUGUAGAAUGAAGAUGACAAAAUGUCAAAAACACAAUAAACCUUUUCUUACAAA